AUGGCACAAAUCUUAAUUAUGUCUAUGUUUCGUGAUAGAUUCCCCCAUGCCGUGGCGUUCAGGAAGUGUGGCAAAAUAGAAAUCAGCGGCAAGAUACACUGCAAGAAGCUCUCCGAAAACGUAACGUAUGCCGCUUACAUGGUGUUUAAGCUACACCCCGCCGCAUUCUGUGGGUUGGAUUAUCCGUUCCAGGAGGCUUCAGUCAGCGUAGGAGAAGGACACAAAUCAAUCUCGCAAGUUUGCCUGCAAAGUUGUGUGGAGGAUGAGGGCGAUGGUGGCGAGUCACCUCGUAUACAUGUCUUGGAAUCACUGGAAUGGGAAAUUACUCUUGGAGAUGACAUGGCAAUCCCUCGGAGGAGAGACGACGGUUGGAUGGAGGUGGAGCUAGGUGAGUUCUACAACGAGGAAGGCUGUGAAGGUGAGGUGUUGGUUAGCCUAACGGAGACGGCACUAACCUCCAAGCGUGGUCUUAUCUUGUUUGGCAUUGAGUUUAGAAAUAAGAUACAAAAGCCAACAAGGUCGGUGAGAGUUACGUAA